CUGAAGCGGGCGCGCAGAUGGCAGAGGCAGAGGGAGAGGGCGGAUGCUAGCAGUCGACUGCUACUCUACUUGCAGUACGGCUACUACGGCAGGGAGGGAGUGGUGCGAGGGCAGGACAGGACAGGACAGGGCAGGGCAGGCCGGGCUGUCUGGCACUCUCUCUUCCGUCCUGGACGCCCUAUGCGACGGCAGUCUUUCAUGGGUGCCAGAUGCGGCAUCCAGCUGUCAUUGGCAAAUUGCGGGUUGGCAUUUGGCGGUUGGCAGUCGAGCAGUGUGUCCUGUGUCCCUUUCAUAUUACCGCCCCUGCAGCCGCUGCUCAUCCUCCUACUCAGCAUCGAGUGCAGUACAGUGAGCAGUGAGCAGUGA